AUAUUGUCAAAAAAAAAAAUAUCAGCUUCAUUUAAGAUCCAACAUCCCUCAUCAUCAAGUCUCCUUAAUAAACAUUCGAACUCCUCAACGAUUCAUCUCACAAUAAAAAGGAAGAAAAUACACUUUCCAGAAAAAUAUCAAUAACCAAAAAAUGUUUUCAAAUAUUUUUGGAUCGGUCCCUAUCUUGGUCGUGGUGGCUAUACAACUUCUCUUUCUACGCAAUGUUUCUUCCCAGAACGUUACCAAUGAGUAUUUGAACCACCAAUGCAACAACACCCAAGGGAGAUACACUCAUGGGAGUACGUUCGAGAAGAACCUCAACCAAGUCCUCCAUAACAUCUCUGACCUCGAUCUUAGAUACGGUUACGCCUACAUCUCCAAUGUUGUGGCUUACAAAGUUAGCAAGGAUCCCAACAUUGUCUUCGUUUUGCUCCAGUGCCGCGGUGACUCCUUUGGGUCCAAGUGCCACUCCUGCCUCAGGACAGCCGUUUCUGGGCUUCGUGAGAGAUGUCCGGGAAACAGAGGAGCAACAAUAUGGUACGACCAAUGUCUUUUGGAGAUUUCUUCGGUGGAUUCCGAGGGGAGGAUCCAUUACAAAAGUAUGUUCUAUAUGCAAAACCCGAAGAACGUCACCAACGAUCCCAAGCGGUUCGAAGAUAAAAGGAGGGAUCUCCUCCACAAGCUAAUGCUGGAAGCCACCAAGGAUAGCAAGGAAAACGCCGCCAAGGGACUGUUGUACGCAGUGGGUGAGAUGAGAAUUGGCAGAAAUAAGAUGUAUGCAAUGGUGCAGUGUACGCAAGACUUAUGGCAGACUGGUUGCCAUGUGUGUCUAGAAUGGAUCACGCAGAUGAAAUAUGGAGAGCAUUUCUACCGUAAACCAGGAGGGAGAGUUUAUGGUAGGAGUUGUAGCUUUAGGUAUGAGCUUUACCCUUUUCUUAGAAGGUAAAGUACUUUUGAGGGAAAAUAAAGAAAGAAAGUAAAGGACUUUUU